CCCCGGCUGAGGAUCCACGUGGCCACGAGAAUGGCCACUCUAGGACAACUGAAGAGACUGCACCUGUUGAAAACAGGAGCCCAGAGAGCGGCCCAAUACUAUGUCAAACCCAAGGAGAGUCGAGGGCCGUCUGGACAAGGAUGGCUAGCGCUAGCAGGCGUUAGCACAGCUCUACUGGGAACAGGGAUCUAUCUACUGGGUCGGCCUGAGGAGGAGAUAGAGGGACUCGGACCACAGGAGCCUGAUGAGUAUGCCAAUGUGCCUCUGGUCAAGGCGUACCUCUACAGAGCAUGGGACACUGUGGUGAACUUCAAGAAGUCAUUUUCGGAGCCUAGUAGUGACAAGCUGUUACCUGACUACCUGCCCCAUCCCUACCAACGCCCCUACACACUAGUACUGGAGAUGAAUGACCUCUUACUACACACCUCUUAUGAUCGACUGAGUGGAUGGAAGUAUCAGAAGAGACCUGGAGUGGACGCACUUCUCCUUCAGUUGUUUGAGUUCUAUGAGAUAGUAGUGUUCACAUCGGAGACGGCCAUUAACGGAAACUCUCUCCUCACAGCCCUCGACCCUAACCAGCUCAUCUUGUACAAGCUGUACAGGAACUCUACCAAAUACGUCGAUGGUGUACAUGUGAAGGACCUCACUAACUUGAACCGCCCACUCAAUCGUGUCAUCAUAGUAGACACGAACUCAAAGUCUGUCAAGUUCCAUAAAGACAACAGCAUCAUUAUGGAAAAGUGGACAGGAGACGUCGACGACAAGACACUCUGGGAGCUUAUACCAUUGUUGCAGACCAUUGCUGUAAACGAAGUCGAUGAUGUGAGACAUGUACUCAACUUCUACAAGGCUCAGAGAGGAGAGGAUAAAGUGCUGGAGACAUAUCGACUCAACCAGGCACUCUUACAAGCUGAGGAGGAGCAGCGGAGGGAGCAGAUGGAGCAGCUGGCUCGACAGGGAGCACGGAGGGGAGUGGGUGGACCAAUCUCAACCUUCUCUCUCAGCAGAAAGCAACAAAUUCAAAAUGUACAGCCUGAGAGUGUCACGCCCCCUACAACCAUUGAAGCUCCGCCCACUGACCCCUUGGCUAAUCAAGAUCAGUCAUGGAACGAUUGGAUAGCUAGCUGGGUAGGAUGGAAAUAGACUAUUGAUUUUUCAUUAUUUUUUGUAAUAGACUAAAUUUCAUUUAUCAUCCAAUUAAAUUAA